UCCCCAGCACGAGUUGGUAUCGCCCGCGUUAUGAAUGGUGAAACUUUUCGCGUUGAGAGCGCGCGGUUGUUGCGGGGGGUGGGGGCAGCCGCUCCGACUGCACUCGCGCGGCGUGAAUUUAACCAAUUAAGCAAUUAACAGCGUCGCUUGUUGCUGUUUUUUGUAGCUGCGGCGGUGGUAGUUGUGGUUGGUGGUGGUGCUAGCGGAGAGGCAGUGGAGACGAGGAGGAGGAGGAGGUGGAGGCAAGGAGGAGAGCUUGCGCUCGGCGUCAAGAUGCCGCGCGUGGUUCCCGAUCAGCGGAGCAAGUUCGACAAUGAGGAGUUCUUCAGGAAGCUGAGCCGCGAGUGCGAGGUCAAGUACACCGGUUACCGGGACCGGCCCCAGGAGGAGCGGCAGAUGCGCUUCCAGAGUGCGUGCCGAGAGGGUCGCUCAGACCUGGCGUUUGUCGCCACAGGCACGAACCUGUCGCUGCAGUUCCUGCCGCCCACCUUCCACACGGAGGGACAGCGGCCGGCGCCCACGCGCGAUUACGUGGACUUUGAGAGGGAGCAAGGAAAGGUUCACCUGAAGGCGCCUAUGAUCCUGAACGGUGUGUGCGUGAUCUGGAGGGGCUGGGUGGACCUGCAGAGGUUGGACGGCAUGGCCUGCUUGGAGUUUGACGAGGAGAGGGCACGGGAGGACCUGUUGGCCCAGCAGGCGUUUGAGGAGGCUCGCAGGCGAGCGCGGGACUUUGAGGACCGGGAGAGGGUGCACCGCGAGGAUCUGGAGGGGAGGAGACACCCGGACACGAGUCCCAACUCUGGAGGCAUGAACAGCGCAGACGAACUCAAGCUCCGCUAAACGAAACCAAGAACCCCGAUAAAUAUCACUGCCUGAAUAAAAAACGGAAAACUUACAAAAAAAGUGUUUUAUGGAGUUCGAAAGGAGAGCCAAAAAAGCUAACGAAAAUUGCGUUGGAUUCUUUUAACUUUUUAAACAAGAUGCCCUCUAUUGCUUCCUUUAUAUUCCUCUUCUAACGAUAAAAAUAUAAUUUCGCGAAUAUAGAGAAACAGCGUUUAAGCAGCUGGUGGCGGGCAUCUGGGCUUGGCCCACUAGCCGUCAUCGUAUGGAGAAACCUUCCGUGGGGCAGCUGCUCGACGUUUUGCCCGCUGCGUUCAUCACACAGGGACAGGAAUAAACUUGUGCACGAGGGGGAGUCAUCUGAUAGAUGCAUUGGCUUUUAUUUCUU